AUGGCAGAAGCUUCUUUCUCUGUCCAGGAAUCAUUCAUCUGUCCAGUCUGUCUGGAUCUACUUAAGGAUCCAGUGGCUAUUCCCUGUGGACAUAGUUACUGUAUGAACUGUAUUAAGGGCUGCUGGGAUCAGGAUGAUCAGAGAGGAGUCUACAGCUGCCCCCAGUGUAGACAGACCUUCACCCAAAGACCUGUUCUCAGUAAAAACAUUACGCUGGCUGAACUGGCUGAGAAACUGAGGAAAACAGGACUCCAAGCUGCUUCUCCUGCUGUCUGUUAUGCUGGACCUGGAGACGUGGAGUGUGACAGCUGCACUGGGAGAAAACUCAAAGCUGUCAAAUCCUGUCUGGUGUGUCUGGCCUCAUUUUGUGAAACUCACCUCCAGCCUCACUAUGAAUCUCCUACCUACAAGAAACACAAGCUGGUCGAAGCCUCUACACAAUUACAGGACAGGAUCUGCUCUCAACAUGACAAAGUAGUGGAGAUUUACUGUCGCUAUGACCAAAAAUUGAUCUGUUAUUUGUGUACAAUGGAUGAACACAAAGGCCAUGAUACAGUCUCAGCAGCAGCUGAAAGGACUGAGAAACAGAGACAGCUGUUGGAUACCAAGAGAAAAUCCCAGCAGAGAAUCCAGGAGAGAGAGAAGGAGCUGCAGGAGCUGAAACAGGCUGUGAAGUCUCUCAGGAUCUCUGCACAGACAGCAGUGGAGGAUAGUGAAAGGAUCUUUACUGAGAUGAUUGACUUCAUUGAGAGAAGACGCUCUGAGGUGAUAGAACAGAUCAGACUUAAAGAAAGGGCUGAACUGAGUGUGGCUGAAGAUCACAUGAAGAAACUGGAGCAGGAGAUUUCUGAGCUGAGGAAGAGAGACACUGAGCUGGAGCAGCUUUCACUCACAGAGGAUCACAUCCAUUUCCUCCAGAGUUUCCAGUCUGUCUCUGUUCAUUCAGGAGUGAAAGAGUUACGCAGCAUGACUGUCAAUCCAGUCUUCUCUUUUGAGGAUGUGAGGAAAUCAGUCUCUGAAAUGAAAAGGAGGCUGGAGGAAUCCUUUCAUGAGGAGACAGUCAAGAUCCCAGAAAAAGUCACUAAAGAGCUGUUUUUCUCACCUGCUGAGCCCAAGACCAGAGAGGAAUUCGUACAGUAUUCUUGUCAGCUCACACUGGAUCCCAACACAGCAAAUAAACACCUCCAUCUGUCUGAGGGGAACAGAGAGGUGACAUUGACUCGAAUAAUUAAGUCACAUGUUCAACAUCCAGACAAAUUUGAUCGGCGGGAGCAGGUUCUGUGUAAAGAGAGCCUGACUGGACGCUGUUACUGGGAGUUUGAGCUGAGUGGGUGGGUCACUGUGGCAGUUUCAUAUAAAAGCAUCACCAGGAAAGGUCAGGGCGAAGGCUCUUUGUUUGGAUACAACAGUCAGUCCUGGAGUUUGGCUUGUUUAGGAUCCAGAUACACUUUCAGACACAAUAAUAACGACACUGAAAUCCCAAUAGUUUCCUGUAGUUCCAAAAUAGGAGUGUAUCUGAAUCACAAAGCAGGAACUUUGUCCUUCUACAGUGUCUCUGACACAAUGACCCUCAUCCACAGAGUCCAGACCAUAUUCACUCAACCCCUCUAUGCUGGAUUUGGGUUUCAUUAUUAUAAAUUAGGAAAAGUUCGGAUUCUAAAUUAUAAGUAG